UUCAAAAGGUAAAUGGUAUGAUUCUAUGCAUUCCCGAGUCUCAGUUUAAAUGGCCUUAUUUUAUAUGAAUUUAUGUGUUUAUUAGGUCUAAAUUCCAUGGUGGACUUCCCCCAACAGAUUCUCAGCCUGUCAACGUGCAACAGAUUGUCAACGUCCACCAUGCUCCUGUCUCACUCUACCUCCUUCCGCUCACCCCUUGUCUCUCUACAUCACAACCCCAAUCACCAUUUCCACCUCACAGUUCACCAUUCUUCCUCUUUUACUCUCUCUUCCAAAUCCUUCCCAAUCUACCCGUUGCUUCUCUCUCGCUUCACACCCCAAAACCCUACAAAAACUUCCAUUUCUUCGCACAAUGGUCAUGACAUGGAAGGCCCAGAAGUUUUUAGAGAGAGAAAUGAAGAAGGAAAGAGCUUUUGGGGUGCCGUUAGCUUGAUCCUUGGCACGGCUGUUGGGCCCGGAAUGUUGGGUUUGCCCUCUGCAACUAUUCGCUCAGGUCCCAUACCAUCAACCAUUGCCAUUUUUCUUUCUUGGGUCUAUGUAAUUUCUUCAAUUCUUCUUGUUGCUGAGCUCUCUUAUGCUUUAAUGGAGGAAGAGGGCCUGGUUGAGGUGAGCUUCACAGGCUUAGCGAUCAAUGCGUUAGGAAAAAACUUGGGUGUGUUGAUUGCGGUGGUUUAUGCUUCCCUUAACUUCUCUCUAUUGGUUGCUUGCAUAUCUGGGAUUGGUUCACUUGUCUCUCAGCGGUUUCCAUGGAUUCAUUAUCUCACUGCAAAUGCUCUGUUUCCUUUAUUAAUUGGAAUUAUAAUUGGGUUUUUUCAUUUCAAGGUGAUCGAUGCAGCGAAUAGACUGCUCUGUUUUAUCAUGCUUUUCUCAAUCACUUCCCUAGUUGCAGUUGGUUUAUCAGUAGGGAGAAGUAGUUUAGUUGGAUCUUUAGCUAAAGCUUCAAGGUAUCCUUCUGCAAUUUUGCCUGCAAUUCCAGUUACUGUUCUCACUCUGGGUUUUCAUGUAAUCACCCCAUAUGUAUGCAAAACAGUGGGGGCUUCCCCAUAUGAAGCAAGAAAUGCGAUUCUCUUUGGUGGUGCUGUUCCUUUGGUUAUGGUUCUUUCAUGGAAUUUGGUAGUGUUGGGACUAGCUGGAACUGGAAUAUCUUCGAAUGAUCCCAUUAAACUCUUAGUCUCUGUGAAUUCUUCAGCUCUUCCUGCUGUUCAAGGUUUUGCAUUUUCAGCCCUUGCUACUAGUUUGAUUGGCUAUGCUCUCAGCUUCCCCCAGCAGCUCUCUGAUACCUUGGAUUUAAUUAGGAGAUUUAGUCGCUUAAAUCAACCCAGUUAUUCUUCUACUGAAAGAGAAAGAAAUUACCAGAAGCCAUUGUCUACUGAGGAAUUAGAAUUCGAUGCUUCCGUUAAAGGCGAUGAUGAGAAUUUAGAAGGCAAUUUAGAGAGAGAAAUUAUUUCUCUCUCUAAACUGGAUAAAGAAUCAAAGCCUGAUAUUAAACAUUCUCGUAACAUUCUUAUGUUCUCUCUGGUCCUUGGAGUUCCAAUCCUCAUUGCUUCUUUCUUUAGUGCGGCUUUUGCAACAGCACUUGAUUUUGCUGGAGUAUAUGCAAAUUGCUUUCUCUUUGGGGUUUUACCACCACUCAUGGCUUGGAUUCAGAGAUCCAGGAAGAAAGCAAGAUAUGCUGAAUCUAGAAAUGUCGAGUUAUUGCCUGGUGGAGAUGGACCUCUGCUGCUCCUUUUCGUCAUUGCAGUCAUCCUUGGUGUUUGGCAUUAGAAGGUGAGGCAUUAUAUUGAUGGGCACUUUCACACAAAAAAUAAUACUCUUUACAGAAACGACUCUCAAUUGAGAAAAAUUCAUUUUAUUUUUGGUCAGAGCUGAGAAUGUCUUAUUUGUGUUCUAGGCCUGGGUAAAUUAUUCUUGUACCCAUAAGUGUUGUAAGUAUGAUCCUUUUCAGGGGAUUUUGAUGAGACAAUAACUGCAAGACUUUAGCACUCA